UCCCUCCUCCGGCCUGGUUGCAAAUGGCUUCGUUCCCUGAGACCGACUUCCAGAUCUGCCUGCUGUGCAAGGAGAUGUGCGGCUCGCCAGCGCCGCUCUCCUCCAACUCGUCUGCGUCGUCGUCGUCCUCGCAGACGUCCACGUCGUCGGGGGGGGGGGGGGGGGGGCCCCGGGCCGCGGCGCGCCGCCUGCACGUCCUGCCCUGCCUGCACGCCUUCUGCCGCCCGUGCCUCGAGGCGCACCGGCUGCCUACGGCCGGCGGCGGCGCGCCGGGAGAGUCACUCAAACUGCUUUGCCCUGUCUGCGACCAGAAAGUCGUGCUGGCCGAGGCGACGGGCAUGGACGCGCUACCCUCGUCCGCCUUCCUGCUCAGCAACCUGCUCGACGCCGUGGUGGCCACGGCCGACGAGCCGCCGCCCAAGAACGGGCGUGCCGGCACCCCGGCGGGUGCGGACGGCCACAGCAACCACCGGCACCACGCGCACCACGCGCACCCGCGCGCGUCCGCCUCGGCCCCGGCGCUCCCGAAGGCGCCUCCGCUGCCGCCCGCGCUUCUACGCUCCUGCGCCGGAGGACCCGCCGCGUCUCCGUCGGCGCUUUUGCUGCGCCGGACUCACGUCUGCACUCUUGUUGACGAGGGUAACGCUCGGCCUCGUCCGCAGCUCCUCGACUGCCAAGAGCACUCCUGCGCGAUAACUUGGCGUCCGGAGCGGCACAGGGGGGUGCACCUCACCAAGGAUCACCUACAUAUCGAUCGAGGCGGCCCGCCGGGGGCCACCGCCGCCGCCCGCCCCGCAGCGCAGCAGCUCGGGCUCGGGGCGCCCUUUCAGCGGCCCCGCCCUUCUCCAUCAUCUCGGUCUUCCCCGAGCCGCCUCGGCUUCUGCCAGCACCACGACGACGAGGUGCUGCACCUCUACUGUGACACUUGCUCGGUGCCCAUCUGUCGUGAGUGUACAAUGGGCCGGCACGGGGGCCACAGCUUCAUCUACCUCCAGGAGGCACUGCAGGACUCCCGGGCACUCACCAUCCAGCUGCUGGCUGACGCCCAGCAGGGCCGCCAGGCGAUCCAGCUGAGUAUCGAGCAGGCCCAGACCGUGGCGGAGCAGGUGGAGAUGAAGGCCAAGGUGGUACAGUCGGAGGUCAAGGCCGUGACUGCAAGACAUAAGAAGGCCCUGGAGGAGCGGGAGUGCGAGUUGCUGUGGAAGGUAGAGAAGAUCCGCCAGGUGAAGGCCAAGUCUCUGUACCUGCAGGUGGAAAAGCUGCGGCAGAACCUCAACAAGCUGGAGAGCACCAUCAGCGCCGUCCAGCAGGUCCUGGAGGAGGGCCGGGCGCUGGACAUCCUGCUGGCCCGAGACCGCAUGCUGGCCCAGGUGCAGGAGCUGAAGACGGUGCGCAGCUUCCUGCAGCCCCAGGAAGACGACCGGGUCAUGUUCACGCCCCCCGACCAGGCACUGUACCUCGCCAUCAAGUCCUUCGGCUUCGUCAGCAGCGGGGCCUUCGCGCCGCUCACCAAGGCCACGGGCGACGGCCUCAAGCGGGCCCUCCAGGGUAAGGUGGCCACCUUCACCGUCAUGGGCUACGACCACGAUGGAGAGCCUCGUCUCUCGGGGGGCGACCUGAUGUCAGCCGUGGUCCUGGGCCCUGACGGCAACCUGUUUGGGGCCGAGGUGAGUGAUCAGCAGAACGGGACUUACCUGGUGAGCUACCGGCCCCAGCUGGAGGGUGAGCACCUGGUGUCGGUCACCCUGUGCAACCAGCACAUCGAGAACAGCCCCUUCAAGGUGGUGGUCAAGUCGGGCCGCAGCUACGUGGGCAUUGGGAUCCCGGGCCUGAGUUUCGGCAGCGAGGGCGACAGCGAUGGCAAGCUCUGCCGUCCUUGGGGCGUGAGCGUGGACAAGGAGGGCUACAUCGUGGUCGCCGACCGCAGCAACAACCGCAUCCAGGUGUUCAAGCCCUGUGGCACCUUCCACCACAAAUUCGGCACCCUGGGCUCCCGGCCCGGGCAGUUCGACCGGCCGGCCGGGGUGGCCUGCGACGCCUCCCGCAGGAUCGUGGUGGCCGACAAGGACAAUCAUCGAAUCCAGGUCUUCACCUUCGAGGGCCAGUUCCUCCUCAAGUUUGGCGAGAAAGGGACCAAAAACGGGCAGUUCAACUACCCUUGGGAUGUGGCGGUGAAUUCCGAGGGCAAGAUCCUGGUCUCAGACACGCGGAACCACCGGAUCCAGCUGUUUGGGCCCGACGGCGUCUUCCUGAAUAAGUACGGCUUCGAGGGGGCUCUCUGGAAGCACUUUGACUCCCCUCGGGGCGUGGCCUUCAACCACGAGGGCCACUUGGUGGUCACCGACUUCAACAACCACCGGCUCCUGGUUAUUCACCCCGAUUGCCAGUCUGCACGCUUCCUGGGCUCGGAGGGCACCGGCAACGGGCAGUUCCUGCGCCCGCAGGGCGUGGCCGUGGAUCAGGAGGGGCGCAUCAUUGUGGCCGAUUCCAGGAACCACCGGGUACAGAUGUUCGAGUCCAACGGCAGCUUCCUGUGCAAGUUUGGAGCUCAGGGCAGUGGCUUUGGGCAGAUGGACCGUCCUUCCGGCAUCGCCGUCACCCCCGAUGGGAUGAUCGUCGUGGUUGACUUUGGCAACAAUCGAAUCCUCAUCUUCUAA